AUGGCAGCUACUAUCUCUAUCUCAUUCUACGACGUUGCCCGAGCAUCAACCCCGCCAUCGAACAACCCCGGUCUUGACCUUCUCCCGCCAGAGGUCAGGUUGCUUAUUUAUGAGUUCACUCUAGUAGAAAUCCCAAGAUGGGAUAAGAAGCACAAGUUGGAAUGCAAAUACAGGCCUGGAAGCACCCAGGGUUUUGAGCCGCCUCCGUUUGUCCAGUCUAAAGUCACCGUGAGCGAAUUUCCCUGGACGGUCAAGACAGAAACGCCAUGCUCCUGUGCCAAGCGACAAGGUCUCUCGCUCUUGCGGGUUUCUAAAUCGCAUUACGAGAUCUGCUCCCGCAUCUUCUUGUCGAGAAAUACCUUCUGCUUCCUCGAUGCCGUCGAGUUUCUUGCUAUUGUGGGCCACUCCCUCCGCCCAGAGCUUCGGGAUCAGAUACGAGAUGUUAGCAUCAUGAAUCCUGAUCACACUGGCGAUGCGGAACACAUCAGAGCACCGAGGGCGCGCUUCCGCUAUAGGAAGCCCUUCUGGGAAACACUACUGAAAUGCCGUGGGUUGGAGAAGCUUGAGAUCCCUGCAGCGUACGUCGAGUCGACCAGGGAGCUGGAAGUAGCUGACUAUCUGAACCUUUUCAACGAGAAAGUACCAAACCUUUCUCGUCUUCACCUCAACUUCCUCCUAGCCCGUAGCUCCAAUUUGUAUUCAAACAGUUAUCCAUCGCCUUGGAUGGAUGCACUUGCUCCCCAGGUCAUCUACGCGAGGUUUUCGGGUCAAAUUCGCCUCUCUCAUCAGGAAAACGGUAUUUGGCUUUCUGAUGGAGUCGAUGACCUUUGGCGAGAUCUUUCAAAUUUCGAAAUCAACGUCGAUAAGGCGAUAAAGCUAAAGUUCUUCGGCCUAACGACCCGCACCCUUCCUCAAUAUUGGCUGAAUUUCAAGCUUGUUGAAGGUUUGAACUCAACCAACGACACGCGCCGUAUCAUAUUGCCUUCAGGGCAGAGAGUUAUGGUUAAAUUCUACGGGGUGCCUUAUUCGUCAAGGGUUAGCCGGGCUACUUCCCGGUACAAAUUGUCGCAGGAGCAAAAGAAGCGUGAGGAACUGGCAGAAGCUUCUCAGAAAGAUUUGAAGAAACAAUUUAAGGAAGCUCGCAGGUCAUCUCGUGAAUCCGAAAUGAAGGGCGAAACCGCAACCCGUCACAAAGCUCAGUUGGAUCGUGAAAUGCGGCGGCUCGCCCUGGAAACCGAGGAGAAGUCGAGCAAAGAGUCACUGAAGGAGAGGCAAAAGAAACAGAGACUAGCAAAGACAACGCGCGAUAUCCGAGCUUGGGGGAGAAAACGAGUACCAAAUGCAUCAAGUGGAUAUUAG